AUGAGUUUUUGUGGACAGAUUUUGAUCAGACUUCUCAUCGUGGAUUUCAACUUAGAAGAAUUUGGCAAAAAUUUGAUGCUUGGUGAACAAGUGGUCUUCUAUAAGGGUUUUCAUGAAACCGUCAACAUCAGUUUCCUGUCGCUGUCCGUGGCUGACCUACUCAACCUACUGCCACUUACCUGGACAAGUUUUUUCGUCUACAACCCCUUCUACCUGUGGCACAUUGAGACUCAGGAGUUUAACGUCUAUUACGUCAUCUCAACCUUCCCUCGAGAAAUCUUUACCCGUAUUUCACGCUGGAUCAAGGUCUACAUCAACGUUGAAAGAUUUGUCUCCAUUCUCUCGCCGAUGAAAGUCAAGGAAUACUUCACCAAGACAACCACCGCAGUCGUCAUGACGUCUAUUUUUAGCCUCUACGUCAUCGAAAUGCCAAUCUUUUAUCAGUGCGUGCAGAUCGUGACCUUGAACUUUCCUCCCCUCAACACAACCGUGUUGUACAUAUUCGGGACGGAUGUCUGCUUUUACAAUGAGAGCAUCAGCAUCGCUUUCCACGCUUUCAGCAUUAUCUGCCCCUGCGUUCUUGACCUCAUCACGGCGUGUCUAAUCGUCUACCAGCUGCGAAAAACGAACCAAUGGCGAUCGAGGUCAUUGACCAAUGAACGAAUGCAGCUCAUAACGUCACGUGAUCUUAAACUAAUCAAAAUGAUUCUAAACCUGGCUGUUGCUUUUGUUCUCACGACCUUACCGAUGUGGAUGACGUAUGUUAUCUCCCUGCUUGAACGUCUGGUCUUUAUCAACCGGUACUUUGGGAAUAUAUUUGACGUCAUGUUCUCGGCGUCCACAUUUCUUGAAGCUGUGGGCAGCAGCAUCAACGUCUUCAUCUACUACAGCAUGAGCAGUAAAUACAAGCAGGUCUUUCUCGCGCUUUGGUUUGUGAGAGAGAUGAAAAGACAUGCAAUUGGCCUAGCCUUUAUUGAAAACUAA